AUGGCUAUUAUAUCAGAUAAAUUACUUAAUAGAACACAUAAAAAGGAUCCUGAUACUAAUCCAAAAAUUGCUGAAAAUGUUAUAAGUUCAAAAUUACCACCAAAUCCUGCUAAAGAUAUUGCAAAAGAAAGAUCAAAUACUGAUUGGAAUUUAAAAGAAAUGCAUGAAUUUUUAGAAGGUAGUGAAAAAAAAUCAAAUGAAGUUAUAAAAUUAUAUCAAUCAAUUGAAAGAGAUCCAAUUUUACAAACAAGACCUGAACAUUUUAAUAUUAGUAUGAAAGAUGAAAGACAAUUAGUUGCUGAAAGAAUUGAACAAAUGUCUAAAUAUAUUGAAAUUGAACCUUAUGCAAAAUUUAGAAGAAGAUUACAAUUAAUGACUGUUAUUGAUCCUUCUUUAGGUAUUAGAAUUUUAGUUAAUUUAGGUUUAUUUUUAAAUUGUAUUAAAGGUAAUGGUACAACAAAGCAAUAUAAUUAUUGGGCUAAAACUAAAGAAAAUGGUAUUAUUAAAUCUAUGUAUGGUUGUUUUGGUAUGACUGAAUUAGGUCAUGGUUCAAAUGUUGCUGGUUGUGAAACUACUGCUACUUUUGAUCCAGAAACUGAUGAAUUUAUUAUUGAUACUCCUCAUAUUGGUGCAACUAAAUGGUGGAUUGGUGGUGCUGCUCAUUCUGCAACUCAUACUGUUGCUUAUGCAAGAUUAAUUGUUAAAGAUAUUGAUUAUGGUGUUAAAACAUUUGUUGUUCCAUUAAGAGACUCUCAACAUAAUCUAUUACCUGGUAUUGCAGUUGGUGAUAUUGGUGCCAAAAUGGGUAGACAAGGUGUUGAUAAUGGUUGGAUUCAAUUUACUGAAGUUAGAAUUCCAAGAUUUUUUAUGUUACAAAGAUGGUGUAAAGUUGAUAAACAAGGUAAUGUUGUUUUACCACCAUUAGAACAAUUAAGUUAUAUUUCAUUAAUUGAAGGUAGAGUUGGUAUGGCUACUGAUUCUUAUAGAAUUGGUGCAAGAUUUACUACUAUAGCUUUAAGAUAUUCUAUUGGUAGAAGACAAUUUGCUAAAGAUGGAGCUUCAGAAGAAACUCAAUUAUUAGAUUAUACAUUACAUCAAAGAAGAUUAUUACCAUAUUUAGCUUUAACUUAUGCAGCUGCAGUUGGUACUGAUAGAUUAGAAAUUGAACAUAAUCAAUUAUUAUCUAAUUUAGAUGAAGGAUUAGCUAAAAAUGAUAAAUUAUUAUUAAAAAAUACUAUUGCAUCAACUAAAUCAAUGUUUGUUGAUUCUGCAUCAUUGAAAUCCACAUUAACUUGGGAAGCUUCAGAUUUAAUUAGUGAAUGUAGACAAGCAUGUGGUGGACAUGGUUAUUCAUCAUAUAAUGCAUUUGGUAAAACUUGGAAUGAUUGGUCAGUUCAAACUACUUGGGAAGGUGAUAAUAAUGUUUUAGCUAUGUCAGCUGGUAAAACUAUUAUUAAAAAUGUUCAACAAAUUUUAAAUGGUAAAAAAUUAAAAGAUUCAAGUUUAGAAUUUUUAAAUGAUGCUCCAAUUUUAGCUAAAAAUAAAAAAGCAGUAAUUAGAAUUAAAGAUCAUGUUGAUGAACCAGAAAGAGUAUUAAAAGCUAUUGCUGCAUUAAUUUCAAAAUCUGCUGUUGAUUUAAUUCCAAUUAGUCAUCAAACUUGGGAUGCUAUUGGACCACAAAGAGUUAUAUUAUCAAAAUUAAGAUGUCAUUAUUAUUUAUUAGAAACUUUUAUUGAAAGAUUAGAUACUCACUUAAAAGCUAAAUCUCCAGCAAGACCACAUUUAGAAAAUGUUUUAAAAUUAUAUUAUGUUACAAAUAUUUUAAGUCCUUUCAUUAGUGAAUUCAUUAGAUAUGGGGUUAUUCAACCUAACGUUGCUAAAUAUAUUACAGCACAAUAUCCACAAGAAUUAUGUUUAAGAAUUAGACCUUAUGUAAUUGGAUUAACUGAUUCUUUUGAACAACCAGAUAACUUUAUUCAUUCAUUAAUUGGUCAUUAUAAUGGUGAUAUUUAUAAUAAUUAUUUAACUUCAGUUAAAUUUGUAAAUAAUCCAGCAACUACUAAAGCUCCUUAUUCUGAUGCUUUAGAAGCUAUGUUAAAUAGACCAUCAAUUGAUGUUAGAGAAAGAAAUGAAAAAUCUAUUGAAGUUGGUAAAAUUUUAUCAAAAUAA